AUGAAGAUUUUGGGCAUUACCUUGGCAGCGGUCAAUGCUUUGAGUGACAGCGCUGCCAACUAUCUUAUGGUCAAUGAACUCAACUUGUGUCAUAUGCGAGGACGAGGCCACCAAGAAUGCAUGGAACACAUCCGAAGCCAAUUUGAAAGCCUUCACGGUGUCACUGUAACUUGUGGCUUCACCACUGAUGGCAAAAACGUCGCAGGCAUGGCAUUUUGGUUUGCCAGCAUUGAAGAGUACGGUGCCGUCAGCUGCGGUGAGCUGACUUACAGUGGUAUCAACUCUGCUGCUCUUAAACGGGCAUCCGAUGACGCAGCCGCCUGGGGCUCGCCUUGCUAUUCCGAGCAUGGUCUGAAGUUCAACACUUGUGCUGGCAUGUUUAUCUCCCAGCGAGCCUCAGAGUGGUGCCCGAAUUCGGAUUCUCACAACAUUAUUGUCUCGGAUCCAGCUUACAUCUACGUCAGCGGCUACUCUUUUGACUUCACCUAUCCGGGUGGACAAAUCAAUGUGUUUGUCAGAGAUUAUUUUCUCAUUUUGUCAGUUUUCGGACACGGAAUCGCCAUGACUCCUCUUGCUUUUAAGCUUCUCGUCGGGGCUAUCGUCGGUUCAUUAUUCAGCUUUUUCUAUAAUUUUGUGUGGAGAUCCGUUUUUCCACUGGAGACUGGUAAUGAAGUUCCCGCAUGCGGCGAGGGAUUCUUCUUCGAUUCAGAGGCAAAUCAGUGUAUCGUCGAGAAAACUGAGGAGCCGGCAACUGGUGCUUUGAUUUCAUUAUUCGGCAGCCUUCUGGGUUUCGUCCAGGGAGAGGAAGAAGUCAAGAGUGUUGUACCCUACUGCAAUGAAGGUUUCGAACUCAAUGACGAAACCAACACCUGCGAAGAAAUUGAAACAUUUCUUGAUGCCACCGCAAAAUGGCUUUAUGAGCAGCACAGAGGUUUUGUCAAUAGCUACACCGAGAGCGAUUACAUGACCAAUCUCAACACUCUUGUUGGUCUCGCAUGCUUGGUUUGUGCUGGCAGUUUCCUAUUCACUGUUUCUCUCGGCUGGGUUUUCAAGCAAUUCUUUUCCAAAGCUACAAAAAAUAACAUCGAAGAACAUGAGGUGAACGAAAACGACGACGAUUUUGUUGCAAACGAUACUCCACGAAACGGUGAGUACUACGCGAAAAUCGCCCGGCGAAUUCAGGAAGCUGAAGUUCCUCCACUCGCUGCUGGCGCUAACCAAGAAGUCGACACCGAGUGA